UGCAUAUUAGUAUCGCAUUUAUUGCCUCCCCCGAUAUAAAAAGAGUCAAAAACUAAAAGGACCACUAUUGGAAAAUUAUCGUUAUCAAAGAUGAAGAUCCCCAUUUUGGCAGUAUUGUUGAUUUUCUGUGUGGCCGGAAUCUACGCAGUGCCAGUGGAUAUCGACGAGAAUUUACUGAGGAGAAUUAUACAUAAAAUUGAACAAGAAAAAAGCUAUCACGACAAAAGCAGUUUUUACUAUGAAAAUGAUGGUGGCAGUCCAUGGCAACAACAACAGGUGGUUGUUCCAUGGCAAAACCAGGUAGUUGUUCCAUGGCAACAAAAACAGGUUUAUCCAUGGCAACAGCAACAGGUUUAUCCAUGGCAACAGCAACAGGUUGUUGGAGGGUGUAGGUGGUCUACAAUUGGUGGCCGUCGAUGGUGUUAGUGACAACCAAGUUAUUAAAUUUUAACCACUUGAUCAAACUUUGAUUAUUAUUCCACAUGAUUACAAUAAACCAUAUUAUAAGCAAAUCA